AUGACAAAUCCUAUUGCUCGAGUACAUCUCUAUUUAAUUCGUCAUGGCCAAUCAGAAGCUAAUCUUGCCAGUACUUAUAUAUGUGGUCAAAAUAUUUCAUGUCCAUUAACACCAUUAGGAAAAGAACAAGCUGUUCUAUUAGGCAAACGAUUAAAAUAUGAAAAUAUGAAAUAUGAUCAUCUACUAUGUUCAACAGCAGUUCGUGCAAAACAAACAGCGGAUAUAGCUUUAGAAAUCACGAAUAAUGAUCCAUCUAAAUUAAUUACAUCAAAUGCACUUUUAGAACAAUCACAAGGUUCAUGGGAAGGACUGAAUCGUCGAGAAUGCUAUACUGAUGAAAUCAUGCAAAAAAUGGAUAAAUUACAUGUUGACUUUAGGGCUCCUGACGGUGAAUCAAUACGAAUGUUGCAAAAACGUGCUAUCGAGUUUUUAAAAUUAUACAUUGAGCAAGCUGAACAACAAAGUAUAAAAGAGAAUAGAGAAGUAUCAAUAGUUGUUUUUACGCAUGGAAAUUUAAUUCGAGCUGUAUUACAACAUUACUUACAAAGUGAUCCAAAAUAUACAUGGUUGAUUAAACAAAACAAUACAGCCAUUAGUGAAAUUCUAUUUAAUGAACAUGGAAUGGCAUUAGCUAAAGUUAAUGAUAGUGCUCAUUUAAUAUUCUUAAUUCCUGAAUCAUAA